AUGUCGUCAUUCCUGAAGAACAACGUCUACGGCCAUGACUUCUCGUGGAAGGCCAACACGAGCCAUCUGCAAAAGCUGCUGGCCGAGCGCGAAGCCCUGGUGGCCAAUGAUCCUGAUUUCGACCCCCAGCGCCGCGCCGAGGCGUACGUCGAACGCCACCAUGAUCUGGUCAGAAGCAAUCUUGUCACGGGUUUUGCGACGGUCGAUUGGGGAAGCCAUGAAGAGCCGCUCGACGAAGACGAUGACUUUUCCGACGACGUUAUUGCGGGGUGGCCUGCCUUCCUCUUCCAGGCGGCGGCCGGGACUGGCGACUUCCAUGACCUGAUCGGCAGCAUCGUUCGCCUGUUGAAGCUCGGCGUAUUCAAGGAGCUCGGCUGGGACCUAGCCGAUUACAAUAUGGAGGAUCCCACCGAACAAAACAAGCUCGUUGACGUCAUCAUGGAAUACGCGUGUGAUCGCUGCAUGAAGGAGAGAUUGAUCUCGGAGAAUAUGCUCCCGACCAACGAUAUGCUGAAGGAGGAGCGGCGUGCGGACUGGCUGGAUAAAUUAAGGAAGUGCAAUGACAGCAUUGCCUACAUGCAGACGAAAUUGCAUGCGGCCUCUGCGCUUUCGGAUUCUCUGCAGUCAGCUUUGCGUGGUGCGCUCCACGGAGAUGCCGCCGAAUUGAAGGAGGCCAUCAACUUCAUCAUCGAGUGCAAGAAUUUCGAGAUUUGCGACUCUGACAAAGUCAUCCGGCAAGUCUUCGCCCUCAUCUGGCGCAACAACGUCGAUAUCCAAAAGGAGGUCGUGAACGCCGCACGGAAGAUGCUCAUCUCCCAGAACGAACAAUCGGAUGUCGCAGACCCGGCAACCGCUAGAAAGAUGUUGCAAGUGCUGAAGGGGACGAAGAAGGUUGAGUACAACUGCGUGAGUGAAGUGAUCGAGCGUAUGCUGCGCCAAUACCCCGACGAUGUCGGCUCCGGAGUCACCGAUUAUUUGACAAUGCCCGUGGACGAAAAAGAGGCCAAGGACAUCAUCCGUUUGCGCGAGUCGUCGUGCCGAAUUCCGUACAACGACGGGCUUUGGGCGACACUGGAGACGUUCUGUGUGGAGCGAUUCCUUGACAUGGACUACGAAGAGUUCGCCACGGUGUUACGCGACACCUUCACCUGUCAGUUCAACGUGUGCGCGCAGCCGGGCCGCGCCUGCUCGCAGCUGAUCGGAACGAUGAUCUGGUACUGCCAGCGUGCCAGCAAAGUGCUCACCUUCUACGAGGCCGAGCACUCGAAGAUGUCCAAGAAGAACGACACUAGUUCCGCGAAGGCCAAGCUCGUCUGGGCCAAAUUGGAUCACUUCCGGCUGCUGCAGGACAAGCUGCUCGAGCGCACGAUGUAUGCCUCCGGCGAGCUGGCCCAGCACAUCCACAUCUACGUUGAUCAGACGUUCACGCGCGAGCUGAAGCGGAUGCAAAAAAUUAUCGACUCGGACGGCCGUACGACGCAGAGCCUAUCACUAGAAGAGUACGUCGACAUGCAGAAGAAGGUGCGGAUCAAGGGUGGCAAGCGCCCAACGGAUGAUCAAUUGGCCAGAGAAUACGAGGAGCCGGAAACGGGAAUCCCUCAAAUGCCCGUGCGCGUCCUCCUUCCCUGGGAAGCCGACUCGGCCCGACGCCAGGGCAUCUUCGAGAUCUUCCACGACAAGGUGCUGAAGGCCAACGACGCCAACGACCAGGAAUUCUCCAUCGCCAUCGACGUCGCCAACGCGCAAUUGAUGCAACAGCUCCACCCGUCGUUCAUCUUGGCCCGCGUCGUCCCGCUCGUCACGUACUGCAUCCGCGCCAAGGGCACCAGCGACAAGACGCGAUGCCAGGCGUCCACCGCAUUGGCGAAGAUGGUGCCGCUGUGUCGGCACUUUGCGAAGAAGUCGUCGUUCCUGAUCACGCUGCUGAUGACGGCCGCCUCAGACCCGACAAUUCGAGAGAAUCUCCUGGUUGCGAUGGCUGACAUCUACGAGUUCGUCCCGAUUCCGUUCGACAACUACCAGUCGGAGCUUUUCAAUAUGUGUCGCGAUGUUGAUCCACUCGUUCGAGAGACGGCGCUGCUCGUCCUCCUCCACGUAACGACGGAUGGCCUUGUACAAAACCGCAGCGGUGUGGCCGAUGUGGCGAGAUGCUUUGUCGACACGUCCCAAGAUGUCCAAGCGAUGGCCCGCGUCUUCUUCCAGGAAUUUGCUACCAAGAAAAACAUGGUCUUCAACGCGAUGCCCGAUUUCCUGUCCCGGCUGACACGCAAUCCGAAGCAGAUCCCCUUCCCGGCGUUCCAGCUUAUCAUGACGCCCCUUCUCGAAUACCUGGAACCCGCUGAAAACGACGAUAUGGUCGUCAGGGUCGUUCAGCGCCUUGAGGCCCUUGAUGAGGAGUCGCUGGAGCGCAACGAGCUGAUGCCGCUCUACUUCGUCUGGGUGCUGAACAUGGUAUCGAAGAGCGAGAAGAGCUUCAGCAAGAUUCGCGAGCACCGAAAGGCCGUCGAGCGCUUCCUGCACAUCCCGGGCUUCUACGACCACCUCCACACAACACUCGAGCAGCUAAAGAAGGUCGCCUCUCCGAAUGCCCACUAUAAGACCGACGUCGAGCAAUUCAUCGAGGAGACCAAGCAGCUCUACGAGAAGGCGGUGGACCACGAGAUUACGAUGAAGAAGGCGUCGGCAUUCCAGAAGCGUGCUCGCGGACAGAGCGGCCCGAAGACGACCGGCAGCGCGAAGAAAGAAACUGCUAGCAACGCGCGCGCCGCUGGCCGCCGACGUGUCUACCUCGACGAGAUCGAGGAGGACGACGAAGACGCUCAGCCGAAGACGAUCGAUUCCGACGAUUCUGAUGAU